AUGGGAAGAAAAGGAUCGUCCCGUCAACAGGUCCUACCCGGCCAGGGCCGUGGCCAUGCAAUGGUCCAGUCUCAGAUGUACCAAUCUGAGGAAGACACCAGCGGCGAUCUCUACUCGGAGGGCCUUACUGGAGCAGCUUUCCAUGAUACUGGAGUUUACGAGAUUCACCACGCUGGAGGCAGUGGUGGACUCUCUUUCUCCAGUACUGGGCAAGUAAAAGUGAUGAUUGAUGGGGGUCAUCAGAGUUUUCACCGGGAUGAAAUCACCGAGCACAAGAGACCUGGGUAUUACACAGUGAGGCGGGGAGGCAAGAAGUACAACAUCAAGUACAAUCAGUUUGAGAUUGAUGAGGUUGAGGUUGUUUCACAGAAGAUCGCCGUCCUCCAAAGUGACAGAGCAAGGUCACCCUCCCCUCGUCGUGCAGUCUCCAUAGCCCAACCAGCCGCUUGUACAACCUCUGGUAUCAUCAACUUCUACCCUUACUUCAGAGUAAAGAUGGGUCGCAGGACAGUGACCUUGCCGUACAGUGUACUCUCCUCUGGUAAACUGAAGGGAAGGUUUAUCAAGUUCCAGUACAAUGGAGUGAGUAACAAAGUAAGAUGCAGAAACAUUCAACCUGUCAGAAACUUGUACAAGUGCAUAGUAAACGGAAAAGUAGAGAACGUACCCUUUACAGACAUCAGACCUCACAAUGAUGACAUGUUUUCUGUAACUCACAACGGCGGAGAAUACACCAUCUCUUGUGCAUCUGUUCAUGCUGGUGACGUCAUGCCUGGACAUGAAGGGCCCUACGACCACAAGAUGCUAUUCAACAGGCCCAGAAGGAACAGAGCUCGCAUCAGUCAGAUGGGAGGAGGUAACUUGAGGAUGAAGAGCAAGAGACCUAGGAGAAGAGUGGACGAUCUCCCCAAACUGGAGAUAUUUGAUGUGUCUUACUGCUUGUGUUAUCUGAUUGUGUUGAACGGUUCCCAGAUCAUUAUGCCUCAUCAUAGGAUCAAGGCGUCAAUAAAACACCGAGGUUACCUGAGGUUCAGAUACAACAAGCUGGUGUACUACGUCACACCUCAGACUGUCCACCAGGCUUUCUACGCCCCUGUUGUCGGAUACUACGCCUGUCUUCUCGAAAACCAACUCCUCGUUAUCAGCGGAAUGGACAUAGACAGAGACACUGAAAACCCCGACAUGUUCACUAUUAGACACGACGAUAAAGAGCACUCAGUCACCGCACCAAACGUAACCUUCUUGGGAGAGUUCCUCCUUGAACCUGACACUGGAAGAGACGGCUUUGGAGAUAACGACGACGGAAACGGUGACGGAUCCUCAGACAACAGCACCUCCGACAGUGAUGCCAGUGUAAACGGACGAGACGAAGUGAUCAGGGACGCUGAUGACUACGCCACCACAACCACUAUAAUCAAAAGGAGACGCACCACUAGAGUCGUAAGGGUCAACUACUACGGAAAGACAUACUACAUCAAAGUGGAAGAUAUUGGUGAUGACUUUGAUGAUGAUGUUGUUGGGUUCUACUCUGUCAACUUGGACGGCCUGCCAUUCAUUGUCACUGGAAUUGACAUCAGAGAUCAUCCCAGAAGACCAGGUUACUUCAUCGUCAGAUUCAAGGAGAACAAGUUCCUGGUGCCAAAACACGGAAUCCUUUACCUUGGAGACUACCCCACUAGUUACGCACCAGACUACUGCUCUAUCGACUACGAUAGUGAAGAUGAGUUCUGGAUGUCCGGUGACAGUGAUAUUGAUAGUAGUGAUGAUGGGGUUGACAUGGUUAGUGAAGCAGAUCCUCAAGAGUGUAUUAUCGUCAGGGGUGAUGACCAGGACUUCAAUGCUCAGCUCCCUGAUACAUUGUGCGCUAAAAUCCAACCUGGACAAUCUGCUACUGGCAAAUCUGUGAUGGGAUACAAGGUCACAAUCAACGGACAGGACUACACAGUUCCAGCUAGCAAGUGUAAAUUUGAUGCUAACAGGCCCGGCUGGAUGGAGGUAACCAUCAAUGGCAGGAAAUACAGUGUUCACAUGAACAGUGUCACUCCUAUCAGUGUUCCAAUCGUCUACUUCGUGCCAAUUGAGGACGACAUCCAAGUCAUCCCCGCUCGCUACAUCAGACGAGAUCCUGAGCAUCCAGACGAGUACGUCCUGGUCACCUUCAAGGGACGAGAGUACAGGAUACCCAUCUCCGACUGCACCCUUAUGGACGGAACACCCAUGGGACCUGAUGAUGUUCCUGAUGAUGAUGCUCCGAUCUAUGGUGGUGAUGGUGCUUACUCCGGCCCUGAUAGGCUUUACUGGACUAUCCCUGAUGGAGCACCACAUGGCGGCUACUUUGGACCUGACGGUACUUACUACGGUCCUGACGGGCGUCCUUACGGCAAAGGAACUCCAGCUCCAUACAGAAUCCCACACGGAGCUCCAGAGGGAGGUUACUUUGGACCUGAUGGACUCUACUACGGUCCUGACGGACAGUGCUACGGACCCGGCAUACCAUUCGGACCAGCCGACUGGGCUGCUCUGGGCGGUAAUGGAAGUGACAGACCAAUACCAGAUCUACCUAACAAGUGCUCCAGGUUCUGUAUCCUUCACGGAGGUCACCGGAUGAGGAGACGCAGGAGGAAGUCUCGUGCUGCUGACUACUCUGAUGGAGAAGGAUCCUCUUCUUCUUCCUCUUCUUCUUCGUCAUCCUCAUCUUCUUCUUCGUCUCAUAGCCAUAGUCACUCCUCCAGAAGUGGAAGUGGGUCUGGACGUCACAGAGGCUCCAGAGGACAUGGUGGUUCCGGAUCUGCCUCUGGAAGUAGAGGUGGUAGGGCUCAGGAUGGAGGACACAGAGGUUCCUCUGCUGUAGGUGGAUCUCAAGGAGGAUCCAGAGGUGGAUCCAGAGCACGAGGAGGUGCUGAUGUGGAGUUUGUAGACGUUGGAUACAACAAUGGAGUGGAUGUUCGUGUAGAGACAGGCACGGUUCAGCAUACUGGUGGACAUGGUGCUCCCAGUGGAGGCAGUUAUGUGGUAUCCAGUGGGGCCCGAGUAGCAGGCUCCGCCAGCUCCCACAACGUCCAGCACGGAGGUGACAUGGGCAACAUGCAGGUCAGAUCGGAUGGUAUGCAAAUGAUAUCCGGUGGUGGUGGAGGUGGUACCCACGUGGUCUCUGGUGGUAACUUCUCUGGUGGAACUGAAGUCAGAACUGAAGUCAGAACUUCCAGAAGAUCUCACAAGAGACAUUGAAGCUGGUCAAGUUUAGAAUUAGGGUUUGGUGCGGGUAGAGAAUCAGAAAUGCUCGGGAUUGUUUUUGGACAGUAGUUUAUCAAGUAUUUCUAUAUUGAACAGUAUAUUUCAGAUUAAUUAGAGCGC